AUGCGAUGUAAAUUCGGAGAGCUCCAGGAUCAAAUGUUUCUGGAUCAGCUCAUCGAGAAGACAGCCGUUCGCGCUAUUCGCAAGCGCCUCCUUCUGGAGAAGGACGCCCUAACAUAUGUGCAAGCAGUUGAGAUAGCUUGUCAGGUGGACGCCGCUAAGCACGAGGCGCUUCAGCUAGGAUGUGCUCAUGAAACACAGGUAAAGACCACGAUUCCUCCCGUUAUUCAGGCCUGUAAACGGAUAUCAUUAGCUUUACGUGAUGAAGUAUCUCAAGAAUUACAGCGGAUGGUAUCUCAAGGCAUCAUCGAACCUACUGACUCGUCUCCUUGGUUAUCAAAUUUAGUGGUCGUUUGGAAGAAAUUUGGUGGUCUUCGUCUCUGUGUUGAUAUACGUGCAGUCAAAAAGGCCAUCAUUCCGAACAAUUAUCCACUUCCUACAGUGGAUGAGAUAGCAAGCCAAUUUCAAGGUAGUACCACAUUCAGUAAGCUUGAUCUCUCACAAGGAUAUCUUCAGAUCCCACUCAGCGAGUCCAGUAAGAAGUUGACAGCAUUUAUCAUUGGUGAAGGGAUCUAUCAGUUCACAAGGAUGCCAUUCGGACUGUCCUCUAGUCACAGUGCUUUUCAGAAAAUCAUGUCUUCUCUCCUGUCUGGCUUAACUGGAGUGGAAAUCUACAUGACGACAUUGUGGUACAUGGGUCCACCCCUGAGGAACAUGAAUCAUGGUUGA